AUGGGAGGCGGCCAAGCUGUUGGCUUCGGGUUGGGUCUUGCUUUGGGUGGCAUUUUCAGUGAUAGCGUUGGUUGGCGAUCGGGCUUCCAUGCCACGUCCAUUCUCAAUAUCGUCGUUCUGGUCAUCGCGCUGUGGUCACUGCCAGUUAGCGUCGACGAUGAUGCACCCCUGGGUCGAGCCACCAUCACCCGUCUGCAGAAAGAGCUGGAUUGGAUCGGGGCUUUGCUCAUCAGCACGAGCCUGGCAUUCUUGUCCUAUGUGUUGGCUGUCGUUACGGACUCUGAUGCGACCAGCCACAUGCGAGUCCCCCUGAACAUCGUGCUUCUUGUCACGGGCGUAGCUCUCAUGCCUGUAUACGUCUUCUGGAUGCACCAUCAAACAGAUCGCGGGCGACCAGCUCUGAUACCCAACGAACUCUGGAAGAAUCAACCAUUUACAUCGGUCUGUGUUACGGUAUUCCUGGUCUGGGGCGCCCUGAACGCUAGCGAGCAGCUCACGGCAUUAUACCUACAGGACGUCCGUGGUUUCUCGACUUUGACAUCAUCUUUAUACUUCCUUCCAGCACCAGUCUGUGGCAUUCUCACGAAUAUUGCUGUUGCACUCUUACUCCCUUAUCUAAAGGCCUCCUUUGCUGUGCCCGUGGCUUGUUUUGUCAGUGGCCUCGCGCCACUCCUGCUGGCAGCAUUAUGUCAAGCACACGGCCCCAGUUACUGGCAAGCUGUCUUCCAGGCGAUGGCUAUCAAUCCAUUGGGUGCGGAUCUCAUGUAUACCAUUGCGAUGCUUGUUGUUACCGAUGCGUUCCCUCAGAAGACGCAAGCCUUGGCUGGUGGUGUCUUCAACAUGGUUGCUCAGAUCGGUAAGAGUGUUGGUAUCGCGACAACGGCAAUCAUAGCGCAGCAGGUAUCUUCACCACUCAUGUUAAACUCCGAUUCAAAAGAAGCAAUGCUUCGAGGAUACCAUGCUGGGUGGUGGUACAAUUGUGGAUUGAGUUUUGUAUCUGUGUUUGUAAGUCUUUGGGGUUUGAGGAGUAUAGGAAGACUUGGUGUCAAGCGCGACUGA